AUGGACGAGGAAAUUCAACUGAGGCAGCAGCAGCAGCGCGCCGCCAACGCCGCCCGGUUACCGACAGCGGACAAUGCGCUGAUGUGGGCCCUGGAGAAGGUGGACAGGCAGCUAGAUCAGAUCGAGCAGGACCCGCCGGCGCUGCUCAAGGCAUCGUAUGACGUGGCCAACGGUCCCGUGGGCUCGGCGACCAGCAAGGGCGUGCAGGCGGCCGCCAAGGUGACGCUCGCGGCCACCACGCAGGCGGUCAAGGCGGCGGCGCCGAUCGGGUCGUGGGCGCUGCGCGAGGGGUUCAAGGUGGCGAGCAAGGCGGCGGUGGGGCUGGUCUCCAUGGCGAUGGAGCAGCAGCAGCAGGCAGAGCAGCGGGAUUCCAAGAAGCGCAGCCAGCGCAAGCGCUGA